AUGAUGGGAUCCGGCCCGUCCGCUGCCCCUUUACGCCCCCCACCGCUGCCCCGGCCCCGCCGCGUUCGCGCCGGGCCCGGCCCCGGCCGCCUCGUGUGGCCGCGCUCCUUCGCUGCGGCCCGGCCGCGCUCCCCGCCCUCGCUGCGCUGUCACCGUCGUCACCGGGAUGCGCCCGGCCCGGCUCGGCCCGGCCCUCCCCGGUCUCCCCGCCGCUCGCUCCCGCCCGCCACGCGCCGCGCGGCCUGGCGCGGGGGCUCCGCGUUCUGCCCCUCCCCUCCCUCCCUUCCCCGCCGCGACACCUCCUCCCCCCCCGACACACACACACACCCUCCCCCCACCCCUCUCUCCCUGCGCGCGCGGACUGACCAACCACACACCGCCCGCCCUCGCGUCACUAAACCGCGACCGAGACGUCAGAAACGCGGCGACCGCCCGGCAGCCCCCGCGCGGCCGGGCACCGCCCGCACGAGGGAAUCCCGGAGAGCUGCGGGACCGCAAAGCGAGCGCCGCCGUAUCCCGGUCCCCAUUCCCGUCCCCAUCCCGUCCUCCAGGGCCGGGAAAAGCCUUGCUGGGACACGCAAAGAAGGGGUAAGGGGCACGGGACACAGUUGCCCCCCCUUCGUGAAGCCGCGCCGGCUGUCGGAGCGUCGCGCCGUGGUGAACACCGCAAGCGGCAGCACGGGCUGGAGACGGGCCCCUCCGCCUUCCGCCCUCUCUCCGCCGGUCCUGGCGGAGCGACCUCCCCCGGAUACAGUCUGCCUGCUGUGUGUCGGACGUAGCGACUGCCCCACGCACACCUCCGGAACCCCGAGGGACGGGAGUUCCCUUCCUGCCGGGGGAGCUCCCGGUGGCGGCUGCGGAGCGCUGGAAGAGCGGCUGGGCAGGCAGGCGGUGCUCCCGCGGAAGCCGCCUUGCGUUGGGUUUGUGUCAGCGGUGGAAACUACAAACUGCGGGUUUACAGCCGCUUUCCUCGGCAGGCUUACAAGCAGCUUCUCAGACAUCCUACAUGACUUGCUCAAUUUCUUAGUCUUGAUUUCAUGGACACUGAAAGGAGACAACCAUUUCCAAAAUCCCAGCAGAGCAGGAUUCUACAGGUAUCUCCCCUCAUGA